AUUCACCCAAACGUCGAUUACAACAGGAGCAGGAUGCCAGCAGACUCAGUUAUUCCUGACAUUCCAGGGGUGCCAGUCGACCCCAGGAUGGAGAGUAUGCUCCGCGAACGAAUUUGCCGUAUUAUUGGAAUCCAAGGCAACAGGUUUAUCGGAGCGCAGCCUGUCAGCUUUACUCGCGACACUCUCGUAGAACUUCAAUCAGAAAACUACUUUGUCUCAGAGAAAUCGGAUGGUGUUCGUGUGCUUCUCUUCUGUGUGCUUCAUGAGAAUGGUCAGCAGCAAGUCUUUUUGGUCGACCGCAAAAACAAGUUCUACUAUGUGCCACAAUUGAGGUUCCCAGUGGCAAAGGAACAUAAUGUCUUCCACAACGAUACCAUUGUUGACGGCGAGCUUGUAACAGAUCGGGAGCCCAAUGGGCAGUUCGUGGUUCGGUAUCUCGCGUUCGACCUACUGGCAUACAGCGGCCAGAGCAUUAUUGCGAAACCCUUGACCAGCCGUUUGGCAAGGUUACAAUGUGAAUUUGUCACACCCUACAGGGAAAUGCUUCGAACUGCAAAUCCACAGUUCGUUCAUUCACAGCCAUUCAAGGUCAGUUUGAAGGAGAUGAACUUGUCAUAUGGAAUCGAGAAGAUGUUCAGAGAGGUCAUCCCGAACCUGAAGCAUGGUAGUGACGGGCUGAUCUUCACCUCGUCUGUUGCGCCCUAUGUACCAUCCACGAACGUCAAAAUGCUGAAGUGGAAACCGCCAAGCGAAAACACGGUGGAUUUUAAAUUGACACUCCAGUUCCCGAUCCAGGGCGGUGUUCAGGAUUUUGGUCAGAAACCGCAGUUCCAGCUUCACGAGUGGCAAGGAGGCCAGCAGUACACUUACUUUGGGCAAAUGGUUGUGGAUGAUGCGUUGUGGGAACAAUGGAAAUCAACGCAGAUACCACUGCAGAAUAGGAUUGUGGAGGCGAAUUAUUCUCCCAAUGAUCAAAGCUGGCGGUUCUUCAGGUUCAGGGAUGACAAGGAACACGGCAACCAUACUUCGGUCGUCAGAAAGGUCGUUCAAAGUAUUCAGGAUGGCGUAGAAGCUGACGAGUUACUGCGAGCUCAGGAUAGCAUAAAGGCGGCGUGGAAGGAGAGGGAGCGCAUUGCACACGAACAACAACGCCGCCAAUAGAUGGUCACUUUACUCAGUGCUUCCAGUACCCUGACGAUUGCUUUUUUGCUUCCGUAAAACUCUGUCUCAAGGCGCGUGCCCAAAUUGGCACCAGCUCGUUGGGCAGAAAUAGCGACUAUUUUUGGAAUAGACCCUGUACAGGAC